AUGAAGACGAUAGAGCAUCUUUUUGGUGAAAGAAGCAUUCGUGCAAGAUCACGUCUUGUGCUGUACCUCGUUUUCUUUCUCCUUGCACAACCAGCGGCAGCCCAGUUCGACGAAACUUCUCUAGAACUUUCUUCAAGUUCGAGCACACCGCAAAUGCCCUCAACCACCAGCUCGAUAGAGGAUGCAAUGGUUUCUUCAAGCUCAAGCACUCCCAUCCCUCAGACUACAUCUAUCAUCGCAGAGACAAGCCAAUCAAGCACCCCUAUCAGUAAUGUUGAUUCCACCUCCUCCGACUCUCUCGAGUCAUCCAGUUCCAGUACUCCAGCAGCAGAGGAGGAAAGCUCUAGUACUCCAGCAGCAGAGGAGGAGAGCUCUAGUACUCCAGUCCAGGAGCAACAGAUCGAGUCUACCUCCUCCAACUUCAUCGAGUCGUCCAGUUCCAGUACUCCAGCAGCAGCGGAAGAGACUUCCAGCACCCCAGCACCGGCAGACGAGAGCUCGAGUACUCCCCCAGCAGAGGAGGAGAGCUCUAGUACUCCAGCACCGCAGGAGGAGACGUCCAGCAGCCCAGCACCGGCAGAAGAGAGCUCGAGUACUCCCGCAGCGGCCGCCAAGGAGAGCUCUAGUACUCCAGUACCGCAGGACGAGACUUUCAGCACUCCUUCAGCAGCGGAGGAGACAUCGACUACGAAAGCAGAGGACGUCGUGAGCACUGCUACGGCCGAGACAUCACUGAUCUCAACGACACCAACUGCAGCAGCUGAAGUCUGCGGGGACGGAGUGAUCGAGGGCGGAGAGCAGUGCGAUGACGGGAACACUCGAGCUCGAGAUGGAUGCGACGCUACAUGUCACGUCGAGUCCUUCUGGAACUGCUCGGUGGUCCAGGAGGCCUCCUCCUGUCAGUUGAUCAAGACGCCCCAGUUCGAGUCCCUUCAGGUGUUCUCUUCCAUCCAGUACGUCACAGCGAGCAACGCCAUCACUCUUAACCUUCAUGCCAACUUCGGCUUCAUCGGCGGCUCCUCGGUCACUUUUAGCGGCUUCCACGGGUUUCACUCCCCUGCCUCCUCCAUCCAGGUCACUGGCGAGCAUCUCAGCUCGCAGGGGGCGUGGGAUGACGUCAGCAAGGAGCUCGCGGUAAAGGUUCUGCACGACGUCCCUUCCAACUCCUCUCUCUUCUUCUCCUUCAUCCUCGAGAACCCUCCCGUCCAGCAGAACUCCUCAGCUCUCUCAGUCUCCUGCUCCAACUGCGUCCUGGAAGUCGCCAACUUCUCGGUCAUCCAGCACGACUUUGCCUCCCUGCCCGCCAUCGUCACGCUCCCCGUCACCAGCUGCCCUCCUCGUAUGUUCGGCGAUAGUUGCGAGUUCGUCUGCUGGGGGAUCGUCGUCGCACGUUCGUGCGUCUGCUCUGAAGGUUUCUUCGGCUUCGACUGCAACCAGAGCGCUGUCUUCGACGCCGCCAGCUCCCCCCCUCCUCGCCGUCUGCAGGCUACAGCAGGAGGAGCGGUCAGGAGCGCGGCUGGUGUGGGGGUGCAAGUCCCUCCCUCGGCUCUCAGCUCGGACCAGACCAUCAGCGUCAAAGUCUUCCAGCUCGACAAGCCUCUCGACCUCGGCAUCCAGGCCUCCUCCCUCGGCCCUGCUGGGCCUGUGCUGGACUUCGGCCCUCCUGGGCUGACAUUUCAGAAACCUGUCAGAAUCUUUCUGCCGUUCGACCCCUCGCAGGUACCGGCGGGGCAUGAAGUGCACGUCUACUACAAGGACGAGACCAAGUUUCCUCCUUGGGUGAGGAUGGAGGGAGGGCGGGUGGAAGGGAGCAACCUGACCUACACCGACACCCUCCACUUCUCCUCUUACAUGAGCAUGUCCUCCAGCCCCUCCUUUCCUCCGCUCACUACAAGCUCGACGCCUGCUCCUCCCGCCGCCUUCCCCCUCAGCAAGCUUGAUCGGGACAACCUCCGGGUGCUCGUGGAGGUGGCGACAAGCGCCAGCAACUUGAGGAGUUUGUCAGGGCAGUACUUGGAGGCUCUCUCCCUCCUCUGCAGACUCAACUUGCAGGACAUAGGGCUGUCUCGUCGCGUGGAGGAGAAGUUAACCUCCUCCGUCUUCACAGUCUCGCUCCGAGCUGACGACCCUGCCUUCGUCAAGCGCGUCCUCUCCGUCGCUUCAUACAACGAGGAGCUCAAGGCGGUCAACGGCAGCCUCCCCCUCGUCGUCGCCCUCUACAUCCAAGACAUCGUCCCGGAGAACCACCUGGGCCUCAUCCUCAGCACCAGCAUUGUCGGCGGCCUCGCCUUCACCUUCCUCUGCGGCUUCACCGCUUUCAUGGCGAGCAGGAGGAUGAACAGCAUCACGACGGAGGAAGACGUCCCCUCUCCUGUUCACCUGCGGAAGCUGAGCAGCAGCAAGUCUUCAACCUUUGCCACCCUCGUGAUUCCGCUCAGUAUCACGCCAGUAGGAGACGAUCACUUUCCUCGAUCUCCCCCCUUCCUCCGCGUGGAGGACCUCGACGACGAGAUGCUACCAGGAGCUAUGGAGGAGACCUCUCCGCCUCAUCCUCCUCCUCCCUACGGUUCCCUGGGGUUCGCCUACGUGGAUCGAACUUCCUCGAUGGGCACAGACGAACAAGGUUCCAGGACGCCACCGGAGAGCAUCGCAUGAGGGCCUGGCGAGCUACAGCAAGAGGGACUGAAGAUGACUGCAUGUUGUACAUUCUUUGUAAAGCUCUUAACUCUU